CCAUGCCAUACCAUCCCAAACCCUGCAACUCUCUCUCUCUCCUUUGGGGGAUUGGUGGGGCUUGGGGAUUGAAAAGAGCAAAGGCAACUUUGGGGGUUACUUUACAUGCCAUUAUAUGCAUGUUAGAAGUGAGUGAGUAGAAGGGGUUUCCAUCUCCACUCCCAAAAUCAAUUGACAAUUUGCCAUGUCUUCUUCAUGUAGUUUUUGGCUGCAUAUUUUGUUGGUUGUUGGUGGGUUCUUCUUCUGCACUUUUGAGCAGCUUGAGGGUGGAAAUGCCGCUGCCGCCUCUGCGGCCACCGUGACAGUUGGUAACAUAUCAAGGGUGGAAGAUGCAGUGGAUUUCCGUAUAUACUACGGCCAAACCUUCAAAGUCAUUAAGAAUCUCGUCGAUGGCAAAAGCUAUCUUCUCAUCCAGAAUAAUUCGAGAAUGGCGACAAGGACAAAAUAUUGCACAGCAAGAAUCAAAUCAUUUGUCAUCCCAUUGUCUAACUAUUCAUUGGAUGCGGAUUAUAAUUUUCCAGUCUCUUUUUUUGAGCUUCUAGGUUUACUAGGAAACUUAAAGGGCAUAACAUCAGGUUUAGUGGCUUCUGAGUGUGUGCUUAAACUGUUGAAUGAGGGACAAAUAGAGUUCAUAAACAAGAGUGAGCCACAGCAGCUAACACAAUUUGCAGCCCACUUCAUUAGCAACACCGAUCAAGCCCAAUCUUGCAAUUUCGCUACUUUUCUCCCUAUCGAGGAGGACACUCCUCUCCAGAGAGCAGAGUGGAUCAAGUAUCUAGGAGUUUUUGCUAACAUGGAAACCAGAGCAAAUCAAGUCUAUGAUGCUAUUAAAGAGAACUAUAUGUGCUUGAUGAAAGCAGCUGCAAGCAAGACAACAUCGUUCAAACCAACAGUAGCUUGGAUGAAGUACGACAAUGGUGAAUGGUCUUUUACAAAGGAUACAUACAAAUUAAAGCUUGUGGAAGAUGCAGGUGGGGAGAAUAUUGACAACUCCAUCAACAAAUAUACCUACAACACCUCUAUUCCCGACGACCUGGAUGAAUUUCAUGCCAUUUUGUUUACUGUGGAUGUAGUGAUUGAUGAAACCAAUACUUCUGAUCCAGUGGGAUACACUCUGUCCACCUUUCUCCAAAAUAUUGAUUUUGAUGAUCAAUCUUGUUGUACUUUUCUUACCAAUCAAAGCCUAUGGAGAUAUGAUAAGAGGAUCCAAAACAACACCACUCUUGACUGGAACGACGGAGCAGUGUCGCAGCCUCAACUGGUUUUAGCAGACCUAAUUGAGGCUUUCUUUCCAUCAGGAAAUUACACAACAUCAUACUUCAGAAAUCUUGCAAAGGAAGGAGUUGUAAGCAUCACUCCACAAAUGUGUAAUAGGGAUACCUCCAUUGCCAUGGAGCCUACCAUUAUAGCUUGCAACUAAAGAUUUACAGUGUGAAUUUAAAUGAUUUUUAAUUUUCAGUAUCCAAUUUGUUUUUUUCCUUUCUUCUUUUUAGUAUUUCGGAGGCCAUAGUAUGGAGUCUUGUGUGUGGCAAGACUCAAAUCUUUGACCUCCUAAUGAGGUCCAAAGGUUCAAGGGUUUUAGCCAAUUGAAUUAGCCCUGCUUGGUUUUAAAAUAUCCGAUUUCUGUUUUUGAUGUUUUUACUUCUAUUCUUCAAUUUUGUAUAUUUCAAACCAUAGUUAAAUUAUGAUUGUAGAUUUUGUGGACCAACAUAAUUAAGUUAAUUUGUCUACUCA